UCGGCAAUAGGAAAACAUUCGGGGUUGUCAUCGCAAUUCCCUUUUGUUUUGUUUGCAAAGUGUUUUCCUAAGGUUCUACUAUAAAUUCACGAAUUUAUUCGUUUUAAAUACAUUAAUGUCAGGUGGGCACACCUGAGUUUCAUACAAAUGCAACCGUUUAUUGUGAUUCGCAACUAUCGUGAUGAUGAUGAGCUUAAAUGCCAAGAAUUGGUGCGUGAUUACAUUAUGUCCUUCGUUAAGAGGUCCUUCUACUGCUUUUGCUUCAGAGAGAUAACUUUGCAAUUCAUUGUAAUAACAUGGGCUAUACUAUUCAUAUUCAUCGGAGUGCCAUUGCAGUUUUGUGCAAUGACCAUACCUGGGUGUAUCUUUUUCUUAUUCUCUGGUACAUACUUUUCCUUUUACGCUAAGGCCGUAGAACUGAUGAGGACUAAACCUUCACAAUCUCUCGUGGCGGAAUGCUACGAACCAUUCAUAUUUCGCUUGAAACCACGAGAAGCGACAUACCAAAUCUUCCUCGAUGAAUCUCCUUACGAACAAUCAUACCUAAAUAAAUUUAGAAAAAAGAUAAUCGCUACAGUAAGUGUUAAAAAGCACAAUUCACUUUAUAAUGCAGCUUGGAUGUAUCGCUUUGCUAUGGCGCCCGAUUAUCCCUUUCAGAGAAUCGCCGAACCAAUGCUGAAUUUAGUGUCAAAAAAAUGUGUUGCGAAUGGAUGUAUCUCCUUGGAAUGUACAAUUUCCGAGUGGCAAGAGGAAGAACGCGAUUUUUAUGACAAUAUGGGAUUCAUUACUCGUCAAAUUUACCAUAAACAAGUUAUAGGAAGUAGUUUAACUGUUAUGAAGACUCUUCUUACAUAUGAUCUUCAUGCGAAUGAGAUAAGCGAACAUUCCAAAUUAGAAACAAUAAAAUAGUAUUAAAGCCGAUUAAGUAUAUUGUACUCAACAAAACACAGAAGCCUUCCGUAAAAAUCCUUAUCCAAAUACUCACUGCGAAAACGCACAUUUUGACUACAAGUACGAACUCUACAUGUAUUUUUGUAAAAUAAACUGCACUCCAUUUAUAAAAACAAAAAUAAAAGCUUUUGAUUGCAAUAAAUAACGAAUAAAUUUAGUAUAUAAAUACCGAAAAAUGUAUGCUGUACAAGGUGAGUCCCAAAUUCAAAAAAAAAAAAAUUAAUUUAGAAGUUUAAAAAUAUCGUAUCGUAUUUAGUAUCGUAAAAAUAUUUUCUCUUGUAAAUAUUUAGAUAUUUUUAACUACAUACAUACAUAUAUUUUAUAUUUUUGUUAGACAGCAAUAUAAAUUCACAAAAAAACUGUAAAAAUAUAUAUUUGUACUUACUUUGUUAAGCGUCAGCAAACAAAAGAGUGGAUAUUUCACAUUAAAUAAAUGUUAAGCAUAUAUUUGUAAA